AUGACCUCAGUUCUUCGUCGAAUGCAAUUUCGCCUGCCUGAUAGUGACUUCCUCGAUUCUCGACCGGUAAAUUUCGGACUUUUGUCAGUAGUGCCUGCUCUGUCAGUGUUGCUUAUCCUAGGUGUUUAAAAUGGUUGUUUCAAUCGCUGAGUGCAUAAAAUGGUUCCAGAUGGCGAAUCUACUCCAUUGAUUGAUAGUAUACAUGUCAUAACAAAUUCCUCCAUCACACCACUGACCAUAUUUGCUUCGGAUAACACCUUGGUAACGUUAUUAUGCGUUAUGGAAUCAAAGGUAUGCACCGCAAUUUGGCCAUCAAUCUGGUGCCCGGGGUUUUGGGUGCUCUGACUACGGGCCAAGCAGUCAUGCGACCAACCAGAAACGGCGCAUAACGUGAAGCACAAAAACAAAGACUGCCACGACUGAAUGUCCAUGUCUGUCGCUUAUUUACAGCCUGAAAGCGGGAAAGUGAAUGCCUGUUCAGUCAGGUGGACCCAAAGAAACAUGACCUAAGACCAGCUGGCCGGGGAUCUGGAGUGCCUAAUUCACAGCACCUGGUGACUGACAGGUAGCAGUAUUUGGAGUGAUAGGUGACAAAGGAUUUGAAUGAUUUGUCCUCCGUGCUUCUUCAAAACUUCCUGAGGAGGUACGAGUCCUGCGCGUUGUUUCUGCAACAUCCCUUUAGGCACACUUCAAAAGCGCUCGAAACGCCCUGCGACCCAGUCGGCUCACAGGAUGGUCGUUUCCACUACACAUCUAGUUCAGUCGCUGAGCACGACGUCUGGUCUCCGCGCAUUUGUUGAAAUCACAUAAGAUUCCUGGAUUGAGUUUUCGUCACCUGCCCAUUUGCGCGAGAGUGUGCAGUUUGUAGAAGAAGCUUUACGUACACCUUUCUAGGCUGAAGUAACGCCGUCCCGUACCAUCGUUUUGGGCAGCUAGUCAUCCUGGCCAUAUACUGAAAACCUAGUACAUCAGACAUCUGAUCUACCUUAUAACGACUUCAAGCAACUGGGUUGUUCUUUUCCCCGGAAGUAAUCGUUUGUUGGUUUGCUCGGAACUUAAGCAAGGUCGAGAAAGACAGUCCCUGUUAAUCCUACAGGGAAUUUCAGUUGUAAAGGUAAGCCGUAUUGCAUACUGCCUGGUAGAUUGCGUUGGAUGAGUAUAACGCGUAGACAAUUGCAGAUGCAUUUUUACUCCGGUGGAAAAGAUUUGCCGCGGGCCGCGCUUGCUCAUUGCCACGCAUUGCUCAUUGCUCGCUCAGUAGUGAGGGUUUUAUGGGGCAAUGGCUUCAGGCACAUUUUUGAAGUGUACUGCCUAGAUCCACCUUUGUCGGUUUGUUUCCUGAACUUUGGUCCAUUUACAGAAAAGUAACUCCGUGAUUCUGACCUCUUUGUUGUCAUUUACCUUGUAUAUUUUUAUUCCUUUUAGACGACACGUAGUGAUUUGCUGGCAAAGAAGGUCGCAGGAAUCUUCCCAAAACGAUCUAUCUGGCGCUCCCUGGGGCUGGAUUAUAGCAACAACCCAUCUGAAAAUGGUAUCGUUAUUGUGAUCAGGAUUAUUUUUGUUCAUUUAGCUUUUCAUAGGUAUUUUGUUAGCCAAAUCGCUUUCUCCGAAUCUGGAUACCUUUUUGUUUUGUGCGGGUCUCCUGUCAAAUUGUGUUUCUUUUAAAAACCGAGGUAGCUUUUGACAAAUCAUUGUUUUGUUUUGUAGGUGGUUCGCUAUCCUGUCUAGCAAGGGCUGCCCGUGAAUUACCACAACUGGUAAAGCGCGCAUGCAGCCCCUCGAGCUACCUCGCUGCAUCCUCGCAGUUGCCCAGUCCGACGACCGAACCGCUUAAAAGGCAUGCUUCUUGUAACAACCGGAUCCGUCUUUCGGCUCCAAGUCGUCUCAGUCCGCCACCCACUCCCUUGCCGCAUACUGAUGUGUCCCCGGGCCUAUCUGCGGAUAGAUCCGCUAUCAGGCAUGCCGUCACAAGGCGGGGAUAUGAUUCGCUGGCUGACAUUACCCCGGUGCUUGAGCGAUACGGCCAGUUGUCGAGUACGGCAUCGCCCAGCAAGAUCACUCUUUUGCCUCAGCCACUGUCGGGACGGCAGCCGUCUUCGCUACUGGUCGCACAACCUGCAUCGGCGACUGAGAAUAGGUCCCCGUCGCCACUGUUUCGUCGAUCACUGUCACCAAACAGCCGGUCGCAUGGACAAUCCACAGAGAUGGCAACAAUAAAACGCCCUCGAUGCGAGUCUUUGUCAUCCACAUGUCAGCGGGACGCUUCCACCUCCCCACCGCCGCCGCCGUCCGAGCCGGUUUUCUCCAAACCGUUCCUCACUACGUCUUCCUACUAUUAUCAGCCGGAUUUCGACUCUUGUAACUCCCUCAGCUGGAGUUCCAGUGCUCUCCAGUCACGCCCGUGUGAUGAUACCCAAAGUUCUCAGUCCAUUGAAAGUAGGUACUUCCUAGUAUAUUGUCAAUACCAUUCCAUACACUGGCAAGUCGUUAUAUCUUUUACAUUACGGGAUGCAGUCGGCGCCAGACCCGAGAUUGCUUGGACACAUGCUAUCGCUUGUUUGUACACGUAGCAGCCUGAAACGGCUUUAGUCGAAUAUUAGAAAGGAGGUGAUGUCGCCUACUCCGAUCGAUGUAGACAGAAGCCCUACAACUAUGUCAUUUGUUGCAGGUACGUAUGAGGUCGGGCUUCUUUUGCAAAUCCAGUGGUUCACUUUGUUGCCUUUGACCUGAUGUCAGAUGUGUUCUGGAGAGCUGAGGAUUUCGCUUGGCGUUUGCGCUUGACUGGUGCUCGACGGUCGGCUAUUGUAUUCGACCUUAACGGGUGCCAGAGAUUGCGUGAGACACGUGUUAGGCUGAGGUUUUGAGUCAUGUCAUCCGCAGCGUUCGACCAUAUUUAUACUCUGAUUGACUCGAAGUUCCACCCGCACGGUGCGGGCAGGGGUGGGCAGAUCCGUCGCCCACUUCCCUCACAAUAAGGCUGACGCGUCCAAACUUGCCACGAUGUGCAAAAGGUCGUGACCCUGUAGAACGCCAACCUACAUUAUGACUCGGUCGUCCUACGAACUGAGGCUCUAACUGAAAAUUCUUAAAUGAGAGACCUAAUGCGCCUUUGAAUUUUGGCUGCUGCAAGGACCGACGUGUAUACUGUCAGCGUUAACGUUCAGUCGGCCUCUACGUCUAUCCUUAUUUGUCUUUCCGUUAAAACGGGGUUGUCGUGAGAAUAGAGGACUCGGUAAAUGCCGUUUAAGUAUCUCACACAUGCAGGGUGUCAUUGCGCUCUCUGGUCCUUGUUUGUGACGUAUAGACGGUUGGGCCGCUCGUCUGUGAGAUACUGCGCGGCCAAACUGGUCAACCUAGUUUCUUUCCAUACUGUUGCCUUUUCAACUAUGACGGCCUUGUCUUCGCACUUAUUUCCCUCGAUCUCAUAGUUCCCUCCUGGCAUGUGAACGAUCUUCUCGCCAACUACGCUACUGAACUGGGCCCUUCGAAGUUUCUGCGACCGCGUCCUUCCUUUAAUCCCCCCACAACACUUGUGAAGAGGAAAAAGUCACUGUCUAGUUGUCAGCCGUCAACUCGACGCUCCACAGUGUUACCCAGUCGUCAACUCCGCCACAAGGUAGCUAAUCACCCGCGCCAUCAACAUCAAGAUCGUAGUCGAACCACGCAGCGCCAUGUUGACAGUGGCGGUAGUACUACCGAUAACGCGGAAAACGAAGAGGACACAAGCGAUGCGGCAUACCAACUCCGUCAUAGCAAACUCGAAGUAGAGGAGAUUAAACGCGAGCGGGUGUCCCACCAACGUAUGGUCGAGGAGGAGCUGCGUUCACGACUCGAAAAACGUGAUUUGGAGAGCUGGGUGAGACUAAUCACCUAUUUCGUCCACAUUGACCCUCGUCCCUUUAUUGCUUCUAACACGUCCUUUUUGUUUUUAAUUUCCCCUUGAAGGGUAGACGACAGGUGACCCGAACAGACCCGCUGGCCGACCUGAACCCGGAAAAUCACAUGCCAACUCAGCUUGAUCAUCCGCUUUCCCGAGGUUAGUCCGCGUUUUUAUCACUCCUGUAUGAUUUAUAGUGUGCUGUUUGACCGUCAUUUAAGCCGUUUCCCUUUUUUUUUAAUCAUGUGCAGUUUACAAGCACAUCUAUCGCGAAUUUGGUGGAAUGCGCACUUCGAGUUAGGUCUGGGCAGCUGUAAUUAGGUCGUGCCUUCUUAUUUUGUGCUGUCCCUGCACUUUUUUACAGGACGACCUGUUUUGCCCUUAAUUUGGUAGUUCGCAGUCGUAACCCCUAUCACUCCGCCGUUGUUCCUUGGACGCACUAGCUUUGUUGUAUACUGGGGGACUUCUUUUGCCCCAUCCAUUUAAUCUAUCUCACUGAAAAAUCCAGGCUCAUUUAAGCAUACGACACUACUUACAAUUGGACUCGGGUAUUAUUACGCCAGCGCAGGCUUGAGCGGCUUUGUUACCCGACAUUUUGACGCUCAUGGCCUCAGAUAUUUACAUAAUUGUAUAUGUCCAUAUUUUCGCUGUUUCCCCUUUAUUUUUGCCCUACCUGCUUUAUGCUUUUUUAAUGUUUUCUUUCGCAGGCCACAUUAUCCAUGUCGUGGACUCGAUCCCCGUCGUAGCAUUUGGCUGUUGCGUUCCAAAACCUACGUUCGCGUAAGCAAUUUCCUUUGCGUCCAAAGAUGUUUGCAUCUUCUGGGAAUCUCUACGUAUCCUCCAACUCAUAUUCAAUAAUCUGGCAUCAAUUUUUCUGUCUCUGCUGUUAGAUGUUUGCGGGAUUUGUAGUUAUACCACUAGAAGUCGAGACCAGUCAUGGCUUUUUUUAACUCGGCCCCCAUUUCUUCGUUUCUUUUAGGCGGUUUUCUCUAACGUGA